AUGAGUCCAUCCGAUACCAACAAGACCAGACGUGAGCGCGGUGUUCUCGCUCAGCGCGAAUACCGCAAGCGUCAUGCGUCCAAAGUUCAGAAACUUCAGGAUGAAAACAAGAAGUUGAAAGAUGUCAUUGGGAAUAUCGAUAAGAUUCUUCGCCGGCAGGGGGCACUAUCGGAUGACCUGAAAGCCGCCAUGUCAGAAGCCCGCGAGAUUGCGGGUAUCACAACGGAGGAUGAGCCGGAGACUUCUCCGGAACAGGAUGCUCCGUAUAUCAUGCAGUCCAUAGAGAAAACCCCGCCGCCGGACCCCGCCCUUGAGGAAGUUAUCCGAACCGACCCCCGACUAGCAUCCUCUCUCGUCCCUGAUCGUCGUGUGAGCCCUCGCCUAGACUACGGCCUCUGGCUCGACCCGGACCGAUUGGUCCGCAUACUGGAGCCGCCAGCAGACAUUAUUCCGUACUUGGGAAGCCGCAUGAACACCCUUGCAGGUUGCAUCUUCUGGGCGACCAUGAACUACACCAUCGAUCUGUGGAACUCCCGCUCGGAACCUCUAUCCACAAGACACCUCGACCGCAUGUUCAACCACUCCGAGCAUCUCCGGGAUCGUCAGUUCCUCUUGUCCCUAGCACAAGCGAGGGUCGAUUACAAAGAGAAGGGUUUCAUGUAUCGAAAACUCACUGAGCAGUUCGAGCGCAACGCCAUGAGCGGCCUUUUCAAGCGCAUCAAAGAGGACUACGACAAGCAGGGGCAGCCGAGUAAAUGGUGGAAACGCCCGGAAGAGGUCGCGAACUCUGUUCUUGACGUGAUGGAUGAGAGCCAAAAGGCGAGGUUUCAAGCUGUCAUCGAUGGGAAGGGCACGAAGGAGGAUGCGUCAAUGCUGCGGGCUCUCAUCACUUGGUUGGCCCAGAACUACAUUUGCUUCGGCGAUGGACCACGAUGGAGCUCGGUGUUUGCUUCAGUGGGCAUCGGGAGCUGGGUCAACGAGUUUAAACGGCGAGAGGCUCUGACCGCCUGA